AUGCAAUGCCCUCAUCUUCAGACAUUACACUACGAGGACCUUGGAAUCGGGACGAGCUUUUCCUUCCUCGAAGCCGAGAGAAUGCCUCCAGUGGAUGAUCUCGUGUUGAAGUCGUACAACUGGAAUCACUCUCCAGAGGAAGUGGCAAAGCACUGGGACUUCUCCUCAAUCCAAUCGUUAAAGCUGGUCAAUAUGCCCGUAUCCAAUUUCUUAAACUCGAUCUACCUCCCGGACUUUACCUCUCUACACACCCUCAAGGUGGAAGAUUACGGCGGACACCUGCAGGACAUGCGCCCGAGCGCGACUCGGCGACUACACGACCUGGUGAAGCACCAUGUUCAGGCCCUGGAAACGCUUGACAUUACUUGUCAUACUCAGAUAUUCGGCAUCGAUGCCAUCCGCAAGCAUGGUAACACGCUUCGUGUCUUGAGAUUCCGGGAUCACGUGGGGUUUGAAGACGACGGCAAGCCAUGUCCGACGCUUGGUGUAGAGGACCUCGUACUCCUUGGGGCGCGGAUGCUGUUCAUGCACACGCUCGAGCUCGACAUGGACGAAGCCAUGUGCAACCCUCACGACUUCUUGGGGGUUCUGUGCUCGUUCCACAGCCUGCACACGUUGACUUUACAUGUCCAAACACGCAUACGCCCCUCGCAGAGAGUGGACCCGAGCACUGAUCCCGACUAUGAGACCGCGCUGGAGACGUUCAACUAUCUCGUUGGACUCAGAAAGCAGAAGAGGCCACAUGUGCCUUGGCGGUGCGUCACCAUCAACGUCGGCGGGUGGCGACGGGCCAUGGUGCGACGCCUGGGCUAUGAAUGGAAACGACGCAACGAGCAGGGCGUCUUUGCCGAGCGAUGCUUUGUGCUGGAGAAGGAGGUGGGAGACGGUCGGUACGGCAUCCGGGAGGAGCAGGCGUCGGAGAGCCCACGGUGUCGGUCACCGGUGCAACUCUGA